GAAAUGGAAGAAUUUGUCCAGAGUUCUGGUGAAGAUGGUAUUGUGGUGUUUUCUCUGGGCUCAGUGGUGAAAAACCUCACAGAGGAAAAAGCCAAUCUCAUUGCCUCAGCCCUCGCCCAGAUUCCACAGAAGGUUUUAUGGAGAUACAAGGGAAAGGAGCCAGCCACGUUAGGACCCAACACUCGACUGUUUGAUUGGAUACCCCAGAACGACCUUCUUGGGCACCCCAAAACCAAGGCUUUCAUCACGCAUGGUGGAACUAAUGGAAUCUAUGAAGCCAUUCAUCAUGGGGUCCCCAUGGUGGGAGUCCCCCUAUUUGCUGAUCAACCUGACAACAUCGCUCACAUGAAGGCCAAAGGAGAAGCUGUGGAGGUGAACAUGAACACGAUGACAAGUGCAGACCUGCUGGGUUCCUUGAGAGCAGCCAUCAACGAUCCUUCAUGA